AUGCGUCGGCUGAUAAGUUGUGCCCAGACGUUGUUUUGCCUAGCAUCACACUCCUCUGCAACCGGUGCCAUGCCGCGGGGCACGGAGCGUCGAGGCUCUGGUCCAAAACCAGUCGACACAUCUAACGACAGCGAAGCUGCUGCUGUCGAGCAAGGCCCGGUCCAAGGAACAAGCAUGAACGACCAGGAGCUCUUGAACGAUUUGCUAGGUUUCCUCGACAAGAGAAUGCAUGAAGACACGCUGAGCCCCAGGCGGCCAUGGCUACCCUUGGAAGACUACUGCAUAUAUGCAUGGGCAACUCAUGGUAUCGUCAAAGUCUUGUCGGACGAUGAGACAGGUUCCCUGCCGAAGACGGUAGAGCAUGCCUCGGACAGCUACUUGCUUGGCGCACCUGAGAUCGACCUGCGGACUUUCAUUUAA